AAUGGCACCUAAACCAGAUCAGACAGAUAGAAAUAAGGCGACAUAAAGAGAAUGAUCUAGUUUAAGUGGAAGAAUCUUCUUUUGAAGACUAAGACUCCUCCUUCUCAACUGACCAUUUCAUGGUCAUCCAGGUUCUAUUAUCAUGUUUUCUGCAAUCUCACAUGUCUCUUUUGUUUAUAUCACUCCCUAUUAUAUAAAGUUUUGUAAUUGCUGUGAGGACACAACUGCAUUUUAAGUUUGGGGUGGUAUACAUGGUACAUAUGCAAUGUUGAUUAAUUUUGCAUGCUGAGUUUGAGGAAAGGAUGAAAAAUAUGAAAGUUUUUGAACUUGAACAGUAACAAUUCUUUGAUUUAUCUAUACAUGUGACAACAAUUAUCAUGAAUUCAACUAUGUUGAUCUUGCAUAUCUUAUUAGCUCUAUGUCUAUUUCAUUCCAAGUUGGUUAAUUAGCCAUGCAUCAUCUAUGUUACACUUCAUGAGAGCAGUCUUAACAUGACUCAGCUUAGUUCAUGUUAUAUCACUGAAUAAAAACCUUGGUGAGGAUUUGGACCCAAACACAUAUACUUUAUUGUUGAGUGGUCACUCUACUUUGUUGUCCUUAACUUAUAUUACACCUAGGUGACUAGUGUUAUCAUUUCCAUGUGAUAAGGGCACUUUUUUCUAAUUGUUUAGGCUAGAGCCAAAAAGCCUUACCUUUGUGAUUAAUUUUAAUCCCUUGAUCCCUUAUUUGAGCAUGAGCUUUUUCUUUUCUGUUUAUAUACCCAUGAUAUCAAAAGCCAACUUCCCCAAUCCAUCCUUUUAGGCAAGCCUUAGUAUUUGGUUAAUUCUCACUAGGCUGCAAUGCAAGAAAAUAAGUAAGGCAAAGGGAAGCCAGCUAGAAGAGAGUGGUUAUAUAAAAAAAAAAUAUAGAAGGUGAUCAGGAAGAGAUUAGAAGAAAACGAUAAGUAAAAAAAAAGGAUAUAAAAAGGGGAAAAAGAAAAGAGAAAGAAAAAUAAAAAAUCCCCUGUGCAUUAAAAAAAAUAGAAAAUAGAAGAAAAGAAAAAUGAAUGUGAAAAGUUAAGGCUGGAAGGAAAAAGAAAACAAGUAGGGAAGGAUGAUGCAUGGUUAAUUAGCCAUGCAUCAUCUAUGUUACACUUCAUGAGAGCAGUCCUAACAUGACUCAGCUUAGUUCAUGUUAUAUCACUGAAUAAAAACCUUGGUGAGGAUUUGGACGCAAACACAUAUACUUUCUUGUUGAGUGGUCACUCUACUUUGUUGUCCUUAACUUAUAUUACACCUAGGCGACUAGUGUGAUUAUUUCCAUGUGAUAAGGGCACUUUUUUCUAAUUAUUUAGCCUAAAGCCAAAAAGCCUUACCUUUGUGAUUAAAUUUAAUCCCUUGAUCCCUUAUUUGAGCCUGAGCUUUUUCUUUUCUGUUUAUAUACCCAUGAUAUCAAAAGACAACUUCCCCAAUCCAUCCUUUUAGGCAAGCCUUAGUAUUUGGUUAAUCUCACUAGGCUGAAAUGCAAGAAAAUAAGUAAGGCAAAGGGAAGCCAGCUAGAAGAGAGUGGUUAUAUAAACGAAAAAUAUAUAUAAGGUGAUCAAGAAGAGAUUAGAAGAAAACGAUAAGUAAAAAAAAAAGGAUAUAAAAAGGGGAAAAAGAAAACAGAAAGAAAAAUAAAAAAUCCCUUGUGUAUUAAAAAAAUUAGAAAAUAGAAGAAAAGGAAAAUGAAUGUGAAAAGUUAAGGCUGGAAGGAAAAAGAAAACAAGUAGGGAAGGAAGUAAAAAAGAAGAAGAAAGAGAAUAAGCAGCUUCCCUUUGUCUUACUUAGACAAUAUUUUGCUAGGCUAGAUGUGAAUUAAUUAGACACUUAAGGCCAGCCAAAAUUAGCCAAGUGUCCGAAAAACAAAUAUCCAAACCCAGCCUCAUUACAAGCCUAAAAGCCCUUUUGAUGGAAAUGCCACACUAGACAUCAAGUGUCUAGGAAAUAUUGUAUGUUAGGCACAACAAUGUAGAUUUGAUGAUGAGUGAAUGUCCUUAGUGAAAAAAAUAAGAGAGAUGAGUAAUAAAAAAUGCCUUGUGAGGAAUUCAGUGCAUGGCAUUGAACUGAUAUGAGAAUGUAUAGUGACUGCUUGAUAUGCAUUGUAACAUAGUAUGUUGUUUGUUUAACUAAAAACUUAGUUUGGACUGAACUGCUGGUUGGUAUUGAUACUAAAAGACAAUAUAGUUGAUUGAUGUUAUGGUUAACAUGUAAUGUGAUAAAUGAAGAAUUGAACUACAAAACCAUAAUUCGAUGCUUGAAUGAUGAGCUGAAUGCUGAAAGAAAGACAAUAGCUAACAAUGUGCUCACUGAGUUAAUAUUUUCUUGAUUGCUUGAGGACAAGCAAAUACUUAAGUUUGGGAUAUUUGUUAGCACUAAAUUAUUUAUAUAGUUAUUGUAUUAUUUUAUAUUAUUUUAUAUCUUUUUGGGUUGACAAUUACAGGAAAAUGGACUGAAAGAAUAUGAAAUAUGGCCUAAUUCAAAAAAGGAAGUAACCAAGCCUAAGUUAAUUUAAAUUUUGCUGAUAAUUGUAAUUAUUCAUUUUUUUAGGUAUUUUUUGGAAGAAGGCACGUGGAUCAAAUUUUUUGGAAGAAGGAACACUUCAGAACCAUUGGAUUAAAGCUUUGAAGGACAACUACUAAUUUUUUUAGAAUUUUUUUAGUUAUUAGAUUUUUUUUUUGGUUGUAAAAAAAAAUACAGUUUUUUAGAUUUAGAAUUUCAAUCUUCGUUACUGUUUUGUUUUUAGAAGAGUCUGAGUGUUGAGAGAUUGUGUUGAAAACUGAAUGCAUUAUUCUUCUUCUUGAGCUCGAAGUGCAGUGACAAAGUAUCUUCGCCGGAAGAAAGAAUCAAUGGUGCAUGUAAAUGAAAAUGCCAGAAAACGUCCAUCUGAGUACGUUGACAACAAAUCUUUGUGGAAAAAAAUGAAAACCAAUUCGAAAAGCAAAAACACAUUCUUGGAAUCGAAAUGGCAUCAAGUAAGAGAAGCUUCAGAGAUAAUCCCUCGGCACAAAUUGCACAUGCCUAUCAGGAGAAAUCAGAAGCUUAGCGAUAAAGUUACAACUCUACAAAAGUUGGUUUCACCUUUUGGCAAGACUGACACUGCAUCAGUUCUUCAUGAGGCUUCUCUUUAUAUCAAGCUUCUUCAAGCACAAAUCUGGAAUUUGUUUCAGAUGCUAAGUGUCUCUUACAUUAGUAAGGCUGAAGCCCCUCAUACUCAGGGAUGUGGGCACAAAGUGCAGGUUGACUAAGAGUAGAGGACUUUGUUUGGUUCCCAUAUCAAUCACACACGAAGUAACAAUGGAAGACCAGAUUCAUCAUGCUUCUGCCUCUUGAAUUAUCCUGCCCUGAAAUUUCUAAUUCAACAAUUAUGAACAGCAUCCUGAAAUUUCUAAUUCAACAAUUAUGAAUAGCAUGAUGCUGACUAUAUAUAUAUAUUUAUAUAUAUAUAUAUAAAAUUAUUUCUACAGCUGCUUUACGUACAACAACGACAGGUGUAUGGUUAUGAUUUUUCACAUUUAACAGUUUGAUAUUUUGUAUGGUUAUGAUUCCCCGCAUUUAAUGCUUUCAAAUAUAUAUAUAUAUAUAUAUACAUAUAUAUAUGGCAAGUAUUUGAUUGUUGUACGUACAACAGCUGCAGAAACGUAAACUCCAUAUAUAUAUAUGGGAGGGUUAUUUUGACUCCAGAGUAAGACUUUUAAAUUUUACUCCUCAUCUUAGCCAUUAAUGAACGAAAAUCAAUAGUUGUUAUUUGUAAUGUAAUUAAUAAUUAAUUAAUAUGACUUCCUAAACUAUAACCGUUGGAUGGACGGAAAUCAAGGACUGAAUGAGCAGUAAGACUUAUAAAUCUUACUCUGGAGUCAAAUGAUCUCUCUUUUAUAUAUAUACUAGUAUAUUACCCGUGCGAUGCACGGGGGAAAAAGAUCAAAAAAUUUGUCG